GGAGGGCCGAGCGGCCUAUAUAAGCCGGUGCCGGCCGCCUGCCGUUGGCCGCAUCCACCGGAGCACAACCCUCCUCCCUCGAAGGCCUCGGCUCCACUCUGUCCCCACCCAUUCCGCAGCUCCCACCAAACCAAGAGCGGCACCAUGGCGUCGGCGGCGAAGGAGGAGGUGAUCGGAAAGCUCACCGUCCGCGUGGUGCGGGGCGCCAACCUGGCCAUCGCCGACCCGCUCACCCACACCAGCGACCCCUACGUCGUCCUCCAAUACGGUUCCCAGAAGGUGAAGACUAGUGUCCAGAAGAAGAAUCCCAAUCCAGUAUGGAAUGAAGUAUUGCAGAUCUCAGUCACAAAUCCUACCAAGCCAGUGAAACUUGAAGUUUUCGACGAGGACAAAUUCACAGCAGAUGACAGCAUGGGUGUGGCUGAGAUCAACAUAAUUGACAUCUACGAUGCUGCAAAGAUGGAUCUAAAGCAUGCCUCCGACGGGACCAGGAUCAAGACAAUCUACCCAGUUGGUGUAAACUACCUUGGCGGUGAGAGCCAUGUUUCAUGGAAAGAUGGCAAGGUUGUCCAAGACUUGAUUCUGAAGCUGAAGAAUGUUGAGAGUGGCCUGAUCGUGCUGCAGCUGGAGUGGGUUCAUGUUCCUGGUGUUAAGCUGUGAGCCAUAUCUAAAUAAUGGUCGUGAUCGCUUUUAUGGAGCUACAUCUGUAGUUGGUUCCAGUUCCCAGUGUCACAUUGUAAACUAUGUGCCGGAUGUUGUGAUUUGCAGUGUAUGUGUGAUGUGUGCGCUGUUGAUUUGAGUGUAAUGUUUGUGUUAUAUUUGAGUACUUCCUGGUGUGGGUAUGAUGUUUGUGUAUCAACAAUAAGAAACGCCCAGUUGACUUGGCUGGAGUGAGUUGUAAAUUAAAGAAUUUAGAACUGAAAUAGAAGCAACUGGUUGUUACUUGGUUUGAGUAAA